AAACCAGAUUCCAAUCCAGAACAACAACCACAACAAAAUGAAACAUCCAAACCAAAACAACAAGAACAACAAAACAAGGACAAAGACAAAGAUCAAGAUAAAACCGGAAACAAAAACAAACAGAAUCAAAAGAAACAACAAAAUCAAAACCAAAAGAAUAAGAAACAGAAACAGAAAACGAAUUUUGCAGAGUAUGUUGGUGAUGAACAUAAAACAGAAGAAAAACCAAAACAUCCAGAAUCUCAAAAACAAAAUUCUAAGUUCGCCGAGUACAAACUACCGAGAUCUUCCGAAGAACAAAGUAACAAUAAUAACAACAAUAAGAAUAACAAGAACAAGAAACUUCAACAGCCAGUUCACGAAAUCAGAAUCGAGCGUCCUAAACGAGAUGAACCUCAUCUUGAUAUUCCCGAAGGUGUUCGUAACGAAAACUUUGAAGCACAUCGAAACGAAGAAGUUCGUCGUCAACCAAGAACUCGUUCCCGUGGUGGUGGUCGAGGUAACAUCGACAUUAGAUAA